UUACAGUCUCACACAUAUAACUGUCCGUCAAGCAAAGUCGUGGGCUAGCUGAGUCUUUACUUCAAAUACGUGUUUUUGUUGUUGCCCGUGUUGUGAAUACUUUUGAUGGACGGAAUAGAACAGAAAGAAACGGAAGAAAAUGCGCCCUCAGUCAUCGACCGGUAUUACACGCGGUGGUACAGAGCAGAUAUGAAGGGGAAACCGUGUGAGGACCACUGCAUCCUGCAGCAUUCAAACAGAAUAUGCGUCGUCACAUUAGCAGAGACUCACCCAAUCCUUCAGAACGGAAGGACAAUCAAGAGCAUCAAUUAUCAGAUCAGUAAUGGCUGCAGUCGUCUGAACAAUAAAGUGUCUGGGAAGUCCAAGCGGGGCGGUCAGUUCCUUACCGAUUUCGCACCUCUGUGUAGGAUAACAUGCACAGAUGAAAGUGAAUACACAAUCUACAGCUGCAUCCGGGGCCGUCUUCUUGAGGUCAAUGAGAAUAUUUUAGAAAGACCUGCACUUUUGCUGGAAAAGCCAUUCACUGAAGGAUACAUCGCUGUCAUCCUGCCAAAGUUUGAGGAGAGCAAGAGCAUAACGGAGAAUCUUCUGAGCAGAGAAGAGUUUGAGAGCAUCAUCUCCAAACGAAAUGAUGAUGAAUCUCAACCCUCUUGACAGGGCUCCACGUUCUGUCCUUGUUAAUGCCUGAACUGUUUUGGAAGAGCUCAUCUUCCUUCAAAUGCCACCAGGUUGGGUAAAAACUGUGGAUACUGUCCUGGAACGUGGCAGUUACUUUAUGCAAGCAUUGCACUGUCUCCACACUAUUAUACAGUGUUUUUUAUUGUUAAAGAAGGUUUCAGGAAGCACUCUUCUUUAAAGUGCUUUAUUUAUUGUUUGUUUUUUGUAACUUGAAGAACAAGGAAAUGUAGGAAAGCAUGACAUUAUUUGAAAAUGUAAUUAAAUACUUAAAAACCUUAA